UGUUGCCUCAUGUGAUGACCGCUAACUCUAGGCAGACGGUAGGGUAGUGCGAUACGUCUGGGGAAGGUUAGAGUAACCCAUGAAAUUGACAUCUCGUGCAAAUGCGCUGACAACAGUGAUAGAGCGACCAUCCCAUCUGAACCGCAAACGCGAACGCACCCACAGUCGCCGCCGCCAGUGCAGCCACAGACUCGACCCGUACAACCCUCAGCUAGCACUUCGUCUGCGCAGGGUACACCACAAUAUGGACACGGUGGAACUGCAGCAGGGACCACAGGCUCCUCGACUUCACAUGGACAAUCUUAUUCACAGGUACCGCAGACUUCGUAUGGGCAAGGACAAACGCAAGGCUACGGGACCCAAGCGCAGCCAGUACAAUAUCCAUACACCCAGCCGACGCAACAGUACUACCCCCAUGGACAGGCGGCCCCUCAGACUCCACAGAGCAGGGGAACGUACCCAAGCCAAGGACAAUAUUCAUACUAUCAAGGAUCUUCACCAAGUUCAGACCAGACUCCUGGCUCCUCAGGAUCAUAUCGUGCGUCAAAUCUAAUUGGUCUGCUUCUCCCCAUAACUAAAGACUGCAGGUUGAAUAACUCCAACAUCAUGAGCGCAUUGAUGAGAGUCUUAAGUCAUUCCCGAAGAUAGUCUCAAGUGGCGCGCCCACUACAUCACCUUCUCCAGUCACUUGGCCGUCUCGCAAGAGUCUUGGCCAAGUGCCGGGGAGGAAGA